AUGUUUGCUGCGGACAACGCUUCCCGUAUGCCUAACAUUAAGGAUGAAUUGGCUUUGGCGGCAGGAAGAGUCACGCCGGGAGUGGACGACACGCCGUACAUUCAGUAUGCUCUUCAUGCCCUGGUAGGCGGUCAGAGUACCUCGUUCCCGUCACACCUCGUCUCUCACUCCUCUGAUGGAUAUUCCGAUCGCUAUGAGCCGAUGCGCGGCUUUGACGAAUCCGCAGCAUAUACUUCACCCGUUCAACAAGACCGCCUCACGAGAGACGACGACUAUGAAGACGCUCAACCGCCUCCUCCCCAAGGGCCUCCAACCCCUGGACAGCUUCCGCGACGCAGCACAGCCUCCUUCGACCCAACUGGAGCAAGUUCUUCACGAUGGGUUCCUGUUUCCAAGAACAUGCAAAAGGAUCUUGACCCCCACGGUAGAACACUUCAGCCCCUCAAUUCCAAACCAUGGAUUCUACGAGUAGUCUCGAUGACACUCUUGGCUAUAUUGAUUCUCCUUAUGAUGGCGGCACUCAUCUUCUCAGCCAGGUAUUCAUUCGCGCAUUCUGGCCUGACGCCAUACCCAGGCAGCAUAUACUCGGGCCAAUACUUUUUAUUUCGCAUAUUGCCGCAGUUGUUAGCAGUCGUCAUCUUUAUCUACGCGCAGAGCAUCGUCAAGGCUUCCUUGCGCAUUCUGCCUUUCACUGCAAUGGCUAGCGAGGAUCCACGGGCGAGAUAUUUGGCCCCUUUUCAGAGACUCUACCCUUCCUCGUUUCUGCUACCCCAGCUCACUGGGCCGUGGCAGUUCAAGAUUUUCGAUGUUGCGACGUGGUUGGCUAUAUUCACGAUCCCAUUGCAGAGCACGGCUUUUACAUGCAUCUUUGUUCAUGACAAGUGGGUUUGGGCGACUGUCCGACCAGUUGUAUGGGCUCUUGUAGGAUUAUACGGAAUCCUACUACUGGCGACAGUCAUUCUGAUGGUGUACUGGUUCGUACAAUGGACAGGUCUUACUUGGGACAUUCGAUCAAUCGGAGACCUUUUGCCCCUAUUGAACCGCAGCAACAUCAUGUCGAGCUACAGACGCAGCGAUCUCGCUGAGGAUGCCAAGGUGUUUAAGAGCCAACUGCGCGAGAGAUGGUUUGAUCGACUGGGAUACUGGAAAGCUGAAGAUGCGACCGCGGGGGGUAUCUGGUACACGAUUGGGGCGCCGCCCGACCAAGACUCUGGAAGUGCGCCCGGUUCGAUGGGUAAACGAGUUAGCAACGACCCGUCAAUCGACGUGAAAGAGGCGGCGCUCGGUAACUCCAUGGAGAACGCUCGCGGCAAAUAUCUGCCGCUCCCCCUUCGCAAUGGCCCGCUUCUCGCUUCUAUCGCGGUCACUUUCCUUCUGCUGGCAGCUCUGAUUGUAGUUUCCUUCCUGCCACAGACACGACUCGAAGAUGGCUUCUUGCCAGGGUUGAAUGCAAGACCUGACCGCAAUGCUUUUUCUCCCGCCAACUUUGUUUUCAGCUUCGUACCGGCUAUGGCUGGCAUGGUGCUCUUCCUGCACUUCCAGGUCUUUGAUCAAUCACUGCGCAUUCUUCAGCCGUGGGCCGACCUACACGAUGUAAACGGUUCUCCAGCUUCAAGAUCUCUGCUGGCGGACUACGCAGCCUGUCUACCACUGCAAGUGACAUGGAGGGCACUGCGAAAUGGUCACUGGAGAGUGGCCGUCAUAUCACUGCUGGCAACGCUUUUUAUUUUCAUCCCAGUUCUCGGAGGCGGGCUACUGAUGGCUUUGACGGGCCCCAACAGGACGGUCCGCAUGUAUCCCAGCAUGCCAGUCUUUGGUGUCCUGCUGGCAUUCCUGGUCCUCUAUGUAGGCGGACUUUGCUUGAUGGUGCCCGGCCGACGCCAAUUCCUCCUCCCUCGACCCGUUACCUCAGUCGCUGGCAUCAUCAGCCUCUGCUCUGCCGAGGAGCUCAUCCAAGACGCCGCAUUUCGGUCCGUUCGAGGUCGGAGGGACCUUGAGAACCGACUCGGAGUCGGACGCGACGACUCCCGGGACGAGAGCUCGUGGUUCUUUGGCAUUGUGCUAGGAAGGGACCGGCAACUGGCGAGUAUACGGCGCAUGAACAAUUUUACGGAAAAGUUGCCAACUUCUUCCAGAUCCAUGGCAUGA